AUGAAUUCAUUUACUUCAUUUGUUACUGAAAUUCCCUUUAGCUACUAUAGCUUACCCUUUUGCAUGCCCCAAGAGGGUGUGAAUGACAGUGCCAUGAACCUUCUUGGUGAGCUCCUUAUGGGUGAUAAGAUUAAGAAUUAUCCGUACAGAUUUAAGAUGUACACCAAUGAGACAAAGAUCUUUCUCUGUCAAACCAAGCCAUUGUUGGGUGAUGAAGUUAAGCUUUUGAAGAAGAGGAUUGAUGAGAUGUAUCAGGUUAAUUUGAUUCUUGAUAAUUUACCCGCCACUUGGUAUAUUAGGAGGGAGGGUUUUUCCUUGCGGUGGACAGGUUAUCCUGUGGGAAUUAAGGUUCAAGAUGUGUAUUAUGUGAUUAAUCACUUGAAAUUUACAGUUCUUGUUCAUAAGUAUGAGGAGACCAAUGUGGCUCGUGUGAUUGGUACUGGGGAUAGGGCCGAGGUGAUCCCUACGGUUGGGAAGUCGGGAUCAGAGAAGCCUAAAUACAUGAUUGUUGGGUUUGAGGUGGUCCCUUGUAGUAUCCAACACAAUGCUGAGUCACUGCAGAAUUUGAAAAUGCGGGAUCUGACUCGGUAUGAGGAACUGGAUAAGGAAGCUCAAGCCCAGAUGAAUGAGGAGUUAUCAGGGUGGAAACUUGUUGUGGGAGAUGUUUUUCGCGCUCCAAGGAAUCCUUCACUUCUGUGUGUUAUGGUGGGCAAUGGGGUCCAGAUUCUUGGGAUGGCAGUUGUGACGAUUUUGUUUGCCGCUCUCGGGUUCAUGUCCCCAGCUUCUCGUGGAACACUGAUAACAGGUAUGUUAUUUUUCUACAUGAUUCUCGGAAUUGCAGCUGGUUAUGUUGCUGUUCGUAUGUGGAGGACAAUCUUCUGUGGCGAUCACAAAGGAUGGGUUUCAGUCUCUUGGCGGGUUGCUUGUUUCUUCCCUGGUAUUGCCUUUUUUAUUCUAACGACGUUGAAUUUCUUAUUGUGGGGCAGUCACAGCACAGGAGCCAUCCCUUUUUCUCUCUUUGUAAUACUCAUUUUGUUGUGGUUCUGUAUCUCGGUUCCCCUUACCCUUGUUGGUGGUUACUUUGGGGCAAGGGCACCUCAUAUUGAAUACCCUGUUCGAACCAAUCAGAUCCCUCGGGAAAUCCCAGCCCAAAGAUACCCAUCUUGGCUUUUAGUUCUUGGGGCUGGGACUCUCCCAUUUGGUACACUGUUCAUCGAACUCUUUUUCAUCAUGUCCAGUAUUUGGAUGGGCCGUGUAUACUAUGUUUUUGGAUUCCUCUUCAUUGUUUUGACCCUUCUUGUGGUGGUUUGUGCUGAAGUGUCUCUCGUUCUAACCUACAUGCAUCUCUGUGUGGAGGACUGGAAAUGGUGGUGGAAAUCCUUCUUUGCGUCUGGUUCAGUUGCCAUAUACAUCUUUCUUUACUCCAUAAACUAUCUGGUUUUCGAUCUAAAGAGUUUGAGUGGACCUGUCUCUGCCACUCUUUACUUGGGAUAUUCACUCUUCAUGGUUCUAGCAAUUAUGCUUGCAACAGGCACGGUCGGGUUCCUUUCUUCGUUUUGGUUUGUGCAUUACUUGUUCUCCUCAGUGAAGCUGGACUGA